CGUGGAAGCACAUCUGGACACCAGCCUUAGUAUCAGUAAUAGCUCCAACACCCCUUGGACGAGAAUGCCUCGACCGCACCUCACCCUCUUCUUCGAUCUCCACAGCCCCUAUUCAUACCUUGCCUUCUACGUCCUCCACAAUUCGCCGGUAUUCAGGAAAUGCGAUGUAACAUACAUCCCCGUCCUGCUGGUCGCAUUCAUCAAAGCAAUCGGCGUCCAACCACCCUGGAGCAGUCCCAAUAAAGUGAAGUACAUGACAUCCGACAUUACGCGCUGGUCACGCGACUUCAAUAUUCCCUGGACGCCCGGAUGGCCGGAGAAUUACCCCUUUAAAGCCACGACACUGAAAGUCCAGAGGGUCCUAACGGCGUGCUCGCUCGAAUGUCCAGAGCGCUAUCCCAAUCUGCUCGCAGCGCUGUACCACGCGUUUUGGGUGGACAAAAAGGGCGUUCAACUGCCCGGGGUAUAUGAGCCGAUUGUCAUGAGUGUACUAGGACGAGAGGUGGCGGGCAGGGUUGUUGAAAGGAGCACGGACGAAGAAAUCAAGACUCUGCUGAAACACCACACGGACAAGUGUAUCGCUAGUGGCGCACCUGGGGUACCAUGGCUCAAGGCUGUCAAUCAAGAUGGCCAGGAGGAGUAUUUCUGGGGCUUCGACCAUCUGGGACAGGUUGCCAGACAUUUGGGUCUGGAGAAGUUGAGCGGACCCCAUUUGUAGCUUGACCCAAUUGGUGAUUGACGCGUGGUUACUAUGAUGGCCCAGCUGCAGAAGAGAAUAAAUUUUGCAAGGCAUGGAUCGUACUCCAGUCACCCCAGUCAAAGCCAGGCCAUGUCGACUGCCAUAACCUAGCCUGGUUCACGAGCACCAUAUCAGCGAAACCUUCUCGUGAGUGCACUGCUCACAGCUUUGAUGCUGUAUCUUUUGCAGCACGAUCCCUCAAUUGCCGUCUGAGAAUCUUGCCAGACUAUCUCAUAC